AAGAUGGAUGAGUCUGCAACGAAACAUCUGCUUGGUUCAAAGAAAAAAGUAAAAAUCCAUCCAAACACAGUGACAGUAAAAUACUCCACCGAUUUGCCCAAGCCUGAUGACAAUGGAUAUGAAGAUGCUCCGUCUUUCGAGGAUUUCAGAUCAUUUGUUGAUGAGACAUCAGAUCGAAAGUGGCUGACUGAAAGUAAACAAAUCAAGGACAUUUUUGCAGCCGUGGAAGGUCAGUCAAAACCCAGUGGAGGGCAGAAAGGCAAGGGGGUUGGAGGUCAGCUGCAGAGAUUUGGUGAGGCAUCUGUGUUCACCUCACAGUUGACAAUGGCUGCCUUGUUUGGAGCAGCACUGGCCCAUGGCUGUGUGGCUUUUAUCACACAGCUGGCCUCUGACCGCUCCAGAGUUCCUUCGCUGGAGCUGCUCUUCAUACGUUCGGUCAUCCAGGUGCUGUUAGUUGUGGCUGUAAUCUACUACCAGGAGGCACCAUUUGGUCUUAGUGGUUACAGACUACAGAUCUUCUUCUAUGGUGUGUGUAAUGUCAUCUCCAUCACAUGUGCGUAUACCUCUUUCACCAUUGUGCCACUCAGCAAUGGCAAUAUCAUGUGGCGGGCUACUACGACGGUCUUCAGCGCUGUGCUUGCCUUCCUGCUCAUGGAUGAGCGGCUUGGCCUCACUGAUAUUUUCACAUUGGAUAUUGGAGUUUCACCUAAUUUAAAGUGA